GCUUAUCAUUAUUGGAUCCUCACGAUAGUCGAUCAGUAGGGUUUAGAUGUAGAUUCGGUGCGAAAGUAUUUUUUUUCCGCUUGAUACUAAUGGAACUGGAUUUGAAUGGGCUUCAUCCAUCAAACGUGUCAACGGAUGUUUAUCAAAACCUCACCAGCGACGAUUUCCACCACUUAGACCCGAUUUCCAAGAAAUUCUUCUACUGGCUCAUCCUCAUCGUAUCAGUGCUGGCCAUAGUUGGGAACAUCAUAGCAAUCAGAUCUAUUAUAAAAAGGAAAACCAAGUACCUGCAAAAGUCAUGCAUCGUAGCCCUAGCUAUAUCCGAUAUAUUCACCACAAUCCUCUUCUCCAGUACUAAUUUGGACAUGCUAUCUGGACCAUUCAUCGUUUGGUCUUUGGGCGAAUUCCUCUGCUAUUUCAUACCGAGCGCCCAAAUUUUCGGCACCACAACCAGCUCCCUGCUGUUGCUCAUCAUCGCCUUGGAUCGACACCAAAACGUCGUCCAAACAUUCAGCAAGAAACGCUGGAAUCCCAAACCAUCCACCUGCAUUAUUAUCAUACUAAUCGUUUCUCUCAUCAGUGCUAGUCUCUCGUAUCCGUUUUCGCGAAAGUAUUUCUUCGAAACGUUUUUGGUCCUAAUGUUGCCGGUAACCGAUAAAUUUGUCUACGAAGAAUGCUCCUUCUGCUUCGCCGAUAAAACCUUAAUCAGCAGCUACUAUGUGACGCUAGACGCGAUCGUCUUCGUCCCGAUGACCUGCGUUUUCGUCUGGUUCUACGUGCAGAUAGCCGCUCUGAUCUGGAAGCACCGCAAACCGAUCACCGCGAAGUUCAACAAACCGGACAAGGACUCGGAGAACUCCACCUGCUCGACCAAAACCACCAACGUCGCCUCCGCCGGCGUGCCCGCUGUCUCCAGCUCCAAGCCGAAGAAGACGAAGAACCUGCAGGUGCAGCGGAAGAUCCGCACGUUCCGAGUGGUGCUGGUGCUGAUGGCGUCGUUCGUGCUGUGCCGGUUCCCCUACUGGUGCUACACGACGGUGAAGUUCCUGGUGAAGUGCGACGGCAGGUUCGGCUGGGACUUGAAUUUCACGCUGGUGGCGUUGAACCUGUUCAAUUGCGUGCUCAAUCCGUUGCUGUACACGUUCCUGAACCAGACCGUGACGGCUCUGAAGAUGAUCAAGGAGUUCUGGUGGAAGAUUUGCUGCUGUUGCUGUUCGAACGACGAGUUCGAGGAUUUCGCGAAGGACGCCGAUCAAAUACAGCCGGCUUGUGGGACUGUCAAAGCGAGGGUGCAGGUGGAGAAGGGCCAUUGUGAGGGUAUGCAGAAAUACUAA